GUCAGCGGUUGUAGUGAGGCGCCGAAGCGCGGUGCUGCGCGGUGCCAGGACCGUCCCGGGAUAUUUGGAAGGUUAAAGGUGUCUGUUCCCCAGGGGUAUGACCACCGCGGCGGGGUCCGGCACCGGCUUCGGCUCGGUGUCCUGGUGGGGCCUGUCCCCGGCGCUGGACCUGCAGGCGGAGAGUCCUCCUGCGGAAUGGGACCGUCGGGCCGACCCCGAGCCCGGGCCCCCCGAGCUGGAGGUGCUGCUGCUGGGCUCCGUGGACGGGCGGCACCUGCUGCGGACCCUGGCCCGGGCGUCGCUGUGGCCUCGAAGGGGCUUCCAAUUUUAUGUGCUGGAGAAUAAUCUGGAAGCAGUGGCCCGGCACAUGCUGAUCUUCAGCCUUGCUCUGGAGGAGCUAGACAAGAUGGGCAUUCAAGAGCGCAGCGAGACCUUCCUGGAGCUGUGGGGAAACGCGCUGCUGCGCCCCCCGGUGGCCGCCUACGUGCGCGCGCAGGCCGCGCGCCUGGCUCAGCUGGUCCCAGAGCCCGACCGCCUGGAGCGGCAGUUUCCCUGGCUCCGCCUCUGCGCUCUCAAGUUUCGCGAGCGGGACGCCCUGGAGGCCGUGUUCCGCUUCUGGUCCGGAGCGGAGCGGGGCCCCGCGGCCUUCCCCGUGCGCCGGCUCUGGGACGCGCGGCUUCGCCAUUACCUGGGCUCGCGCUACGACGCGCGCCACGGCGUCAGCGACUGGGACCUGCGCAUGAAGCUGCACGACCGCGGGGCCCAGGUCAUCCACACCCGCGAGUUCCGGCGCUGGCGGGACACGGGCGUGGCCUUCGAGCUCAGGGACCCAGGAGCUUACCUUGAGCCCAACAGGACGCUGGCGUCCGGCCGCCUCCUGAGCCACCGUGGGGAACGCGUGGCGGCGCGCGGGUACUGGGGGGACAUCGCCACGGGGCCCUUCGUGGCCUUCGGCAUUGAGACGGACGACCAGAGCCUCCUGCGGACCAGCAACGGACAGCCGGUCAAGACCGCCGGGGAGAUCACGCGGCACAACGUGGCGGAGCUGCUCCGGGAGCUGGCCGCCUGGGGGCGCUCGCAGGGGGACCCCGGGGCCGCCGACGCCUCAGUCUCAAGGUCUGCCUCCCCGGCCCCCCCGCGGCUCCUACAUCCAGGGAAGGCGCCCACCGCGGCGCCCUUCACCAUCCACUUCCUGCCCCUGGGCUCCGCGCAGACUCUGCACCACAAGAGCUGCCACCGUGGCCGGUUCCAGCUCCUCUACGUGUCCUGCGGCAUGGCCCAUCUUCUCAGCCCCGAGCUGGGGGCCUGCGUGGCCCGCGGCGGGAACCUCGUCGUGGAACUCGCUCGGUACAUGGUGGACCUGCGGCCCGAGCAGCUGCGGGCUUUCUCCGCCCAGGUCGGGGAGCUGGCGCGGGCCGCUGGGUUCGCUGAGCACCCUGGGGCCCACCCCUCCGAGACCUUCGCGCGCUUCUGUAAGUCGGGGGACUCGGCCGCUUACCCCAAGGACUCAGCUGUGGGAUCAGAACCUCCGCUCAGAGAGGUCCAAACCCCGCCUCUAGCAGGAAUGAGCCCGCCCUGGGCGGAAGUGGCCACGCCCCUAGAAGCAAUGAGCCCGCCCCAGGUGGACGCGGCCACGCCCCCAGAAGCAAUGAGCCUGGCUCAGGAGGACGUGGCCACGCCCCUAGAAGCAAUAAACCUGUCCCAGGAGGACGCAGCCACGCCCCCAGAAGCAAUGAGUCCACCUCAGGCUGACGUGACCACGCCCCCAGAAACAAUGGACCCUCCCCAAGAUGACGUGACCACGCCCCCCGAAGCAAUGGACCCGCCCCAGGUGGACGUGGCACACCCCCAGAAGCAAUAAGCAUACCGCGGACGGACGUGGCCACACCCCCUGACCUCUAGGCCUUGCCCCAUUCUCAGAAGCUCUCUAGGUACUAGGGUCUGCGUACUAGGGUACACCGGAAGCUGCUGGCCCUGCCCAGGGAGGCUCUGGGCAGGUUGACUCCAAAACCAAGAGCCCAAACACCUCAUCCUUAAUAGACUGGAACCUGCUCAACAAUUCUAACCCCGAUAGAAUUUUCUUUCUCAGCAUUGGAUGGAUGCCGAGCAUUUCGGAUUCCGUUUCUGGGAUUCUCCCUUCAACUCCUAGAACCCUACCUAGAUGGUUUCUCAGCAGUCUGUUUCCCCUCUGCCGAGAGUUCUCACCUGAGACCUGGCCUCUGUUGUGCCUUUCUCCUGGGGCGGUCCCCGCUCAACCGGGGAUGCGAAGGCUCUCCAAGGCCCAGUCAGCUCCCACACGGAGGAAAUAAAAAUGCUGGGAUCUCUUCUCUGUCGGUGUCCAGUAUUUCUCCUGACCCCAGUCUGUCUCCAGGGCUGGGAGUGGAGGGCCCGGAUGUCCAGAAACCAGACUUCGGGGGUUCCAGGCAGACUGAGGUGUAUUUCUCAGUAACAUAGGUCCUACACCCCAACCCCUCAAACCAACCAGCUACAGGUACUGUAUGGCUAGCAGAUUUGGACCUCAAACUGACUCUAGGACGAUGAAAAACAUAGGGGACAUUCUCAGCAGGGGCUGAAGGUGGAGGAUCUUGGGUCUCGGAGGGAGGAGGGGCUGAGUGUCUGGAUCUCUG